GUUGGUUAUAGCAAUAGUAAUGAGAUAAGUAUUUUUAAUACCUGGGUCUUCUUAUAAUGUCUCCCCAAAUCAUAUGUUAUUCAAACUAUCUCUCUAAUGCUAUCAUUCAUUCAUAUAUUAUCUCACCAUAUUAAUUAGAUUUAUUAAUUAGCAUUUGAGUAUCAAUAACCACUGAAAUGGUAACCAGGUCAAAUAUUUUGGUGGUCAUGGUUCUAAUCUUGGUGUGCAAUUGCAACACAGUGAUAUGCCAUGUUAAUGGUUGUAGCGGGAGGGAUUUCAGAUGCGGACCUCAUGGUCCGCCAAUCCGAUUUCCCUUCCGAUUUAAAGACAGGGAAGAAAAAUAUGGUUGCAGUUACCCCGGAUUUGAGCUUACUUGUUCAGACACAAGAAAAACUCUAAUAGAGCUUCCUACACAUUCUGGUCCAAUUCAAUUAGAAGUGAAGAGGAUAUUUUAUGACGACCAGGAACUAUGGAUAUCUGAUCCUGAAAAUUGCCUUCCAAAACAGUUGUUAAAGCUUCUUCAUUCACAAAUUUCACCUUUUCAAUUAUUUGCAAGAUCCGACUCCAAUAAUAGCUACACUUUCAUGGAUUGUAGUUCAUUAACCUGCCCGGUUUAUUUUGCUGAUUCUGGUACACGAUUCCUUGAUUCGGGUUUGGACCCAAUACUCUGCACCAAGACUUUAGAUAUUAUUUUUUCAUCGUUGUCCUUGCAAUAUAAGAAUAUUUUGGUUAUGACAUGGUCAAAACCCAAUUGUAGCAGGUGUGAAGUAGAAGACAAGAUGUGUAAACUGAAAAACAAUGGAACUGAAGACGAGAUAGAAUGUUUUGAUCGUCAUCACAAACCUACUAAGAAGAUAAUUCUAUAUGCCACAGUUGUGUUCGUAGGUUCCGUUAUGAUAACACUGAUUAUUGCAGCCUGUUUGCAUCUCUAUAGCUAUUUUAAACUGAAAGGUGAAGAUGAGACUAGAAUCGAAAAGUUCUUAGAGGAUUACAGGGCACUCAACCCUGCAAGAUUCUCUUAUGUUGAUAUAAAGAGGAUUACAAAUAAUUUUAGGGAAGAGUUAGGUGAAGGAGCUCAUGGUGCAGUUUUCAAAGGUAAAUUAUCUAAUGAAAUUCUUGUGGCUGUGAAGAUGCUUAAAAACACCGAGGGCGAUGGAAAAGAGUUCAUUAACGAAGUGAAAGCUAUGGGAAAAAUUCAUCACAUCAAUGUUGUUCGCUUGGUUGGAUUUUGCGCCGAUGGAUCCUACCGUGCUCUUGUUUAUAAUUUCUUUCCAAAUGGUUCGUUACAGAACUUCAUAACCCGACCUGAUGAUAUGGACCAUUUUCUCGGAUGGGAGAAGCUACAACAAAUUGCUCUUGGCAUAGCCAAAGGUAUUGAGUAUCUUCACAUGAGUUGUGAUCAGCAAAUUCUUCACUUCGAUAUUAAUCCCUAUAACGUGUUAUUAGAUGACAAGUUUGUUCCAAAAAUUACUGAUUUUGGUUUGGCGAAAUUGUGCUCUAAAAAUCAAAGCAAAGUGUCAGUAACUGCUGCAAGAGGGGCUUUAGGUUACAUUGCACCUGAAGUGUUUUCGAGGAACUUUGGAAAUGUAUCGUAUAAAGCUGACAUAUAUAGUUAUGGGAUGUUACUUCUUGAAAUGGUUGGAGGAAGAAAAAAUAUAGGUCAGUUGUCUGAGGAAAAUUUCCAAGUUCUAUAUCCAGAAUGGAUUCACAAUCUACUUGAAGGCCGAGAUAUUCACGUAAAUAUUGAAGGAGCAGAAGAUGAUAGAAUUUUAAAGAAACUCGCAAUCGUAGGACUAUGGUGCAUACAGUGGAAUCCAAUAAAUCGUCCAUCUAUAACAGUUGUGCUCAAAAUGUUAGAGGCUCUAGAAGAAGAAAACUUGAUUGUUCCCCCAAACCCUUUUAACUCGACGACGUCCAGAGUUGUGGAAACCAAAACAAAAUUUUCAACCUUAGAGUUGGAAGCUAUACAUGAAUGAGAUAAGGUAAUCACAAUAGAAUAAAAAUCAGAUGUUUAACAUCUUACAUAUAGGUGUGAUGUUAAUCUUGAUGCAUUCAGUAGAAAAUAGUUUUAUAAUUUUGUAAAGAUACCCAAAAGGUCAUAUUUUAUAAACUUUCAAUUGAACGGUAUAUUACUAGUUUAGUUCAAUCCA